AGUGGAAGUCACGUGUUCCAGUUUAGCUUACAAACCCGUAAAGACUACAACUCCCAGAGUGCCGUUGAUACUUCACUUCCUUCUGGGUGGGUAUCAUUCACCAUCAGCAACACAGGAUUCGCAGAGGAGGGAGGAGAACAACAAAAUGGCGCUGACCAGUUUCUUACCAGCACCAACCCAGUUGUCUCAGGACCAACUGGAAUUAGAAGAGAGAGCAAGAUCUCAGAGAGUGAGACAGACUGCAUUGGUGUCAUCACGAAGGGAGCCGCCUCCUUACGGUUAUCGGAAAGGAUGGAUACCACGAAUGUUGGAGGAUUUUGGAGAUGGAGGUGCUUUCCCAGAAAUCCAUGUUGCCCAAUAUCCUCUGGAUAUGGGCCGAAAAAAGAAAAUGUCCAAUGCAUUAGCUGUUCAGGUGGAUGCCGAAGGAAAAAUAAAAUACGAUGCUAUAGCUCGGCAGGGACAAUCAAAAGACAAGGUCAUUUACAGCAAAUACACAGACCUCAUUCCGAAAGAAAUUAUGAAUGUGGAUGACCCUGAGCUUCAAAGACCAGAUGAGGAUGCUGUCAAAGAGCUUACAGAAAAGACACGAGUUGCACUGGAAAAGUCUGUCUCUCAAAAAAUUGCAGCAGCAAUGCCAGUCCGAGCAGCUGAUAAACUAGGUCCAGCUCAGUAUAUUCGAUACACACCAUCACAGCAGGGAGUGGCAUUUAAUUCUGGUGCAAAGCAGAGAGUAAUUAGAAUGGUGGAGAUGCAAAAGGAUCCCAUGGAGCCUCCAAGAUUCAAAAUUAAUAAGAAAAUUCCUCGUGGGCCACCAUCUCCUCCUGCUCCAGUAAUGCAUUCUCCCAGUAGAAAGAUGACUGUAAAGGAGCAGCAAGAAUGGAAAAUUCCACCUUGUAUUUCAAACUGGAAAAAUGCAAAGGGUUACACCAUCCCAUUAGACAAACGCCUGGCUGCAGAUGGUAGAGGAUUGCAGACCGUACACAUUAAUGAAAACUUUGCUAAAUUGGCAGAAGCUCUUUACAUUGCUGAUAGAAAGGCUCGUGAGGCUGUAGAAAUGCGAGCCCAGGUAGAACGCAAGAUGGCUCAGAAGGAAAAAGAGAAACAUGAGGAGAAACUUCGGGAAAUGGCCCAGAAGGCCAGGGAACGAAGAGCUGGAAUCAAAACUCACAUGGAGAAAGAGGAUGGAGAAGUUAGGGAACGUGAUGAAAUCAGGCAUGACAGGCGAAAAGAAAGGCAGCAUGACCGGAAUCUUUCCAGAGCAGCCCCUGACAAAAGAUCAAAACUACAGAGGAACGAGAACAGAGAUAUUAGUGAAGUCAUCGCAUUGGGCGUUCCUAAUCCUCGGACAUCCAAUGAAAUUCAGUAUGACCAGAGACUGUUCAACCAAACUAAGGGCAUGGACAGUGGCUUUGCAGGAGGAGAAGAUGAAAUUUAUAAUGUCUACGAUCAGCCCUGGAGAAGUGGUAAAGACAUGGCCCAAAAUAUAUACAGACCAAGUAAAAAUGUGGAUAAGGACGUGUAUGGUGAUGAUUUGGAAUCAAGAAUAAAAACUACUAACAGGUUUGUUCCUGAUAAGGAAUUUUCUGGCUCAGAUCGUAGACAAAGAGGAAGAGAAGGACCAGUUCAAUUUGAGGAAGAUCCUUUUGGCCUAGACAAAUUUCUGGAGGAGGCAAAACAGCACGGGGGCUCUAAAAGACCUUCUGAUAGCAACCGUCCUAAAGAACACGAUCAUGAAGGCAAAAAGAGAAGGAAAGAUUAAAAAACUGAUUUCUUUCUGGCCACUGAGACUGAAUUCAGAACUUUAACUAGCUCUGUGCUGAAAAUAGUGUACCAUGAGUGUUCAAAGGCAACAUUUCCCUAUGGAAUAGAGAAAAGAAAAAGCAGACUGCUGAAUAACAUAGGUUCUGUAUCUUGGUUUCUAAGUAGGUUCAUCCUUUGUUUCAACAGAGGAGCGAUUUAUUCUUUACUUUAAAAUGUUAUUCCAGAUAUAUUCUCUUGUAUAUAAUUGUGUCUAUUUCUGCUAUGUAUUGAUUGUACUUGAAAAAAGGGAAGAGUACUAAUUGAUUUGCUCUGAUGUAACUAUCCAAUUCCACUUAACCUUAAAGGAGCAGCUGCACUCAAUUAACUAAGGUGAAUAUAUACAUACCAAAGUUUAUUUUAAUUUCUUUACAUAGCAAUUAAAUAAAGGCUCCUUCCUUUUAA